UUUUUCGAAAAGACCGAUAUUCAGUUCAGAAUUAGCGAGUCUGCAGUUGUUGGUUCCAAAUUUGAUUUAGAAAGAGCAGUGGAUUUGGAUGUAGGUAUAAACAGCCUCCAAAGUUACUUACUUAAGCCAAGUGAUAAUUUUUUACUUAAACUGCACAACCAAGCCGAUGGGACAAAGAAUGUUGAGAUGGUCUUACAAAAACCUCUGGACAGAGAGAAAAUUGAGAUACUUUCUUUGGCGUUGACGGCUUUAGAUGGAGGAGAGCCACAGAUGUCAGGAACAAUGCAGAUUAUCAUUACAGUGUUGGAUGUCAACGACAAUGCACCUGUUUUUACACAGCCAAUAUAUAAAGGCACUGUCGCUGAAAAUGCUGCAAAAGGCACGAUCGUGACCACUGUCAGCGCGUCAGAUGCUGAUAAUGGAUUAAAUGGUAAAAUAACAUUUUCAAUCACAAACACUUUAGAUGACGUCAGACAUAUGUUUGAUGUAAAUGAGGAUAGCGGCGAGGUUAGGUUAACUGGACAUUUGGAUUAUGAAAAGAAACGAAAUUUUCAUAUAAAUGUACGUGCAAGAGAUAACGGGGGGCUAACGGAUUCUUGUAAAGUGAUUGUUGAUGUCGUUGAUAUAAAUGACAAUGAACCAACGAUCAAAAUCAUGUCUAAAUCAGCUAUUAUAUCAGAGAGUGCGAAUCCCAACACAGUCGUUACAAUGAUUAACGUCCAAGACCCAGACUCAGGUGAAAAUGGUAAAGUUCAGUGUUUUAUAAAUGACAAUAUUCCUUUCGUUUUGAAAUUGACAUCAAAUAAUUUCUAUAGUUUAGUGACCGACAAUGAUCUGGACAGAGAGAGAGCAUCUGAGUAUAAUAUAACUGUGACCUGUUCUGAUGAAGGAGUGCCCUCCCUCUCCAGCAGCGUCACUCUCACCUUACAGAUCUCUGAUGUGAAUGAUAACGCGCCUGUCUUUGAGAGGAGCUCAUAUGAGGCCUACAUUGUAGAAAACAACACACCAGGCCUCUCUAUAUUCACAGUGAAAGCCAGAGACGCUGACUGGAACCAGAAUGCCCGUGUUUCUUACAUACUGGAGGACUCCUCUGUUAACGGAGUGCCAGUCUCCUCAUAUGUGUCCGUUAGUGCUGAGAGUGGAGUUAUCCAUGCAGUGCGCUCUUUUGACUACGAGCAGAUCAAAAACUUCUACUUCCGCGUCAAAGCGCAGGAUGGAGGCUCUCCUCCACUCAGUAGCAAUGUGACUGUGAAAAUACUGAUCCAGGAC